AUGGCCGUCGACGCUGCUACCCCCUCUUCGCCCGUUCCGAUCCCGGAAUUGACCAAGAUCGCCACCGAGGCCUGCGACACCGCCCUCAAAGAAGUGACCGAAUACGAACACACCAAAGUCGGCGACUGGAACUCUCAAAUCAUUAACACCAUCCUGAAAGCCCUCAUCACUGCCACCGCCCCCUCUACUCCCUCGACUGCCCCUCCCUACCGCUUCACCGUGAACAGCACCAUCGUGCAACAAGGCCUCAUCGACAAGUCCGCCGCUGCUGACGGCGCGACCAGCAACACCGGCAAGCGUGGGAUGCACUCUGCGUCCGGAGCUUUCUGGGAUGUGAACCGCGAUGGUAUGUGGACGUUCAAGUAUCCUGGCGCUGAGGAACGGGGUCUGGAUGUUGUUGUUAGCGUGACGUGGUUUGCGCUGGGUUAG